AUGUCAAGACGUAGACGGUGUGCUUUUGAUUCUGAUAAUCUUGAAGAGUAUAUAUAAGUAAAUUAUGAUAAAAAUUUAUAGCUUGCUACAAUUGGAUAAAAUUAGACUAAUCUCUUUUAUGAUGAUAAAAAAUUAAAAUGGAUUAAUGGAUUAAAAUAAGUAGAUGAUAAAGAUUAUCCAACAAAAUAAAUAGAAGGAUUUGAACAUGCUCAUUGCUAAGUUUCAAAUGAUUAUAUUGAUACAUCUGAACUUCCACCAGAUAUUCAUUUGAAAUCAAGCGAUGAAGUUAUUACUCAUCACAUUAUGAUAUUAGGAGAUAUUAAUGAAUGUUUGAAACAAUCUCUUACUAUGUUUUGUAUGUAGAGCCGUAAAAAUAGCAAUGAAGAUUUUAAUGAAGAAUUAAUAUCACCAUUAAAAAAGUAAUAAAUAUUCUCAUUUUAGUAAAUUAUGUUUAGAUUUAGCAAUUAAAAGAAUUCAAGAAAGAGAUGCAGUUCAUAUGGUGAAGUUUUUAAUGCAUGAUACUUCUAUAUCAAAUUAUGCUCCAAUUAUCAAUGGUAUACAAUCAUUAUAAUUAUUUUUAUAGUUUACUUUCUCUAAACUUCCAUUUACAUUUUAGUCUUUGAUGUUGACGAAUAAGAUUUUGAUCCAUAAAAAGAAUAAGAUAUGAUUGAUUAUGUUAAGUAGAGAGCUUAAAAUGUAAAAAACAUCUAUUCUGUCUACUAUACUGAAUCAGAAAUUUCUGAUCAAAGAACAAAUAAAUAUUAUUGUAAUAGGUGGAAUAUAGGUGCUAUUCUCUCCUAAGUAUUUUAUAUAAAAUUUAAUCAAAGAUUAUUGAAUAAGUUAUUAGUUAAUGA